AUGCUGCACAGCGAGGUACAGCUUCUGCAUCUGCUGUUGGCUGCAGGAAAUGAAUAUUUGUGGGUUGGGAAGGAAAUCCCCUUGUUUGCCUUUUCUUUUUCUCUUUUCACUUCCCCUUUCUUUUCUUUUCUUUUCCCUCCUUUCUUUUCUUUUCUUUUCCCCAUUUAUUUUCUCCUUUUCUUUUUUCCCAUUUCUUUUUUCCUUUUCUUUUUUCCCAUUUCUUUUCUCCUUUCCCAUUUCUUUUCUCCUUUCCCAUUUCUUUUCUCCUUUCCCAUUUCUUUUCUCCUUUUCUUCUUUCCCAUUUCUUUUCCUCCAUCUCUUUACCUCUCUCUGUUUUUCUCCAUCUCUUUACCUCACUUUCUAUUUCUCCUUUUCCUUACCUCUCUCUCUUUUCUCUUUCUCCUUACCACUCUCUCUUCUCUCUUCCUUCUCCUUACCACUCUCUCUUCUCUCUUCCUUCUCUUUACCACUCUCUCUUCUCUCUUCCUUCUCUUUACCACUCUCUCUUCUCUCUUCCUUCUCUUUACCACUCUCUCUUCUCUCUUCCUUCUCUUUACCACUCUCUCUUCUCUCUUCCUUCUCUUUACCACUCUCUCUUCUCUCUUCCUUCUCUUUACCACUCUCUCUUCUCUCUUCCUUCUCUUUACCACUCUUUAG